AUGUCUUUGAACUCGACUUCAGCCAGCCAACCGCACGGCUAUGAGCAUAACGGGGAAAUGGAUGUGCCCAUGGAAGAUGCCGACCCGUACAAUCGUACAAAAUACCCUCCUCGCCCUGCCCAUCAGCACCGUCUCUCCACUCAGUACCUCCCCGAGGCCUCUUCGGCAGCACAGCGCUACUCUCCUAUGAAUACUCAGCCCACGGGCCCCGCCUAUGCUACGAGUCCCAAAGCGCAGAAUCCUAGUAAUUUCACGUAUCUAAGCCAAGCGCCUUCUUCGCGACAAUCUCCCACUCGACAGAGCAGUUACCAAGCAGACCGUUAUGGCGAACCGCCGACUCCAACGAGAUACCCCUCCAACUAUGGAGCAGGGACGCAGAAUUCUGAGCUCAGUCCCGAGUCCUUCUAUCCACCGAGUGCUGGAAACGGGAGGCCAGCCCCAAUGUCAAGACAACAUUCGCAAAUGCAAGGGCUCGGUCCGGUUCCAAGAUUCAAGAAGGUCAAAAACAUGCAGGAACUAAAUCCCAGAGUCAAUGCACAACCACUCUAUCGCAGGGCCAAUCCAGAAGGUGGAUUUAUCAGUCCGUUACAAUCGUUGACAACCUAUCUACCAGCCACAUACAGGAUUUGCAAUCCCAACUUUAAGUACGAGUCAUCCAGGAACCCCAGGCGGGUCCUCACCAAGCCCAGUAAAGGGACAAAAAAUGAUGGCUACGAUAACGACGAUAGCGACUAUAUCCUCUACGUCAACGAUAUUUUAGGAAGCGAGGAAGCUGGCCAUAAAAAUCGGUAUCUCAUUCUUGAUGUUCUAGGUCAAGGUACUUUUGGUCAGGUUGUGAAAUGCCAAAAUCUAAGAACCCAAGAGGUCGUAGCGGUGAAAGUGAUCAAAAACAGAACUGCGUAUUUCAAUCAAAGCAUGAUGGAAGUCUCUGUCCUCGACCUCCUAAACCAGAAACUCGACAAGAAUGACGAUCAUCAUCUUCUACGGCUGAAGGACACCUUUAUUCAUCGACAGCAUCUGUGCCUCGUUUUCGAGCUCCUAAGCGUCAAUCUGUAUGAGUUGAUCAAACAGAACCAGUUCCGAGGCCUCAGCACCACCCUGGUCCGUGUCUUCGCCCAGCAAUUACUCAAUGGCCUCACUCUGCUGAACAAAGCACGCCUGAUUCAUUGUGAUCUGAAACCCGAAAAUAUUCUCCUGAAAAACCUGGAAAGUCCCAUCAUCAAGAUCAUUGACUUCGGUUCUGCCUGUGAUGAACGGCAAACCGUGUACACCUACAUCCAAUCACGUUUCUAUCGGUCCCCAGAAGUGUUAUUGGGGUUGCCCUAUUCUUCUGCGAUCGACAUGUGGUCCCUUGGCUGCAUCGUGGUGGAGCUCUUUCUUGGGCUCCCUCUUUUCCCAGGCUCUUCAGAAUACAACCAAGUUUCACGCAUUGUUGAGAUGUUGGGAAUGCCACCCGUAUGGAUGUUGGAAAUGGGAAAACAAUCGGGCGAGUUUUUCGAGAAGACCACUGACGAGUUCGGCCGCCGAACGUAUCGCUUGAAAACCAUGGAGCAGUACGCACGCGAGCAUAACGUGAAGGAGCAGCCAAGCAAAAAGUAUUUUCAGGCCACGACACUACCAGAAAUCAUUCGAAGUUAUUCCAUGCCUCGAAAGAAUAUGAAGCAAGCAGAGGUGGAAAGGGAAAUGAACAAUCGCGUUGCUUUCAUUGAUUUUGUUCGGGGCCUCCUCAUGAUUAACCCCUUGGAACGAUGGUCUCCGCAACAGGCGAAGUUACAUCCUUUUAUCACGCAGCAAAAGUUUACACAACCAUUUGUUCCACCAAUGAACCUCAAAUCGCCUUCGUCAAGUAAGACUCCUGCACCCGGUGUGCAGCAACAACAGCAGGCAGAAGCUCUGAGCAAGCAACGUGCUGCACAAGCCGCCCAUGCUCAGGCCCAAGCUGCCCAGGCUCAGGCCCAAGCCCAAGCUCAAACUGCCGUUCAGAAUGCGUACGCAAUGCAAAUGAGUCCCUACCCCCAGUCGCAAGCUCCGCCAAUGUACAAUACUAUGUAUCCUGCCCACCAGCAAGGAGCUCCUCCACCCUAUCCAACGCACGCAAACAAUUAUGCUCCUCCGAUGGGAAUGAUAGCUCAGCAAAAUUCUCAGAUCAACCCCGCCCACUAUUCUCACCAACAAAGUCUAUAUGCUCAAGCCACUCAAAGAGCAGGACGGCAACGUGCCUCAACCAUGGAUCAACAGCAGGCCGGGAUUCCUGCGGCUAUACAGCGUGUUGCUAGUCAUCUUGAUCCUAAUGCUCCAAUCAGGCUCCAGCCAAGCCCUGCGUACUAUCCUCCUCCCGCAGAUGGCUAUGUUGAUUCUCCCUCCACAGCACGGCGACGUGGCAGCAGAAAUCAAAGGAAUCGUGACUUCAUCCGAACGUUGGAGGAUGGAGCCAUGGGUGAUACUUUUAUGACGAAGACACAAUGGCAUUGA